AGGAGGAGGAAGAGGAGGCGGCGGCGGCGCCUGGGAGGGCCCGGUGGAAGGGGCGCCAUGGCGGACCCCGCGGAGGAGCUCGCCAAGCUCGAAUAUCUGUCCUUGGUCUCCAAAGUCUGCACAGAGCUCGACAACCAUCUGGGCAUCAAUGACAAAGACCUGGCUGAAUUUGUGAUAAAUCUGGCAGAGAAAAACUCAACCUUUGAUGCAUUCAAGGCAGUCUUGAUGAAGAAUGGAGCAGAGUUCACGGAUUCCCUCAUCAGCAAUCUGCUGCGUCUUAUACAGACAAUGCGGCCUCCUGCUAAACCUUCCACUAGUAAAGAUGCCAUUAAACCAAAGACAGAAAAAGAAAAGUUGAGAGAGUUGUUUCCAGCCCUCUGUAGGCCAGACAAUCCCAUUGUCAGGACAAUGCUGGAUGAAGAUGAUGUGAAGGUGGCUGCUGAUGCCCUGAAGGAGCUGGAAGCUUUAAUGCCAAGUGGAGUCAAGCAAGAAAAACAUCGGAGCAGUGAGGACCACUCCAGGAAAAAACGUAGAAGUCGGAGCCGCAGUAGAGAUCAGGAUAGAAAACGAAAGCGAAAAUCUCGAUCUCGCUCUCGUACACGAGAAAGGAAUAAGGGUAAAUCAAGGUAUCGCUCCAGGAGUAGAAGUCCCAACUAUGACCGCAGGGAGAGGGAGAAGCCCGGGGAGAAAAGCAACGAGCGAUGGAGGGAUAAGCAUGUGGACCGGCCCCCACCAGAAGAGCCUUCCAUUGGCGACAUCUACAAUGGCAAAGUCACCAGCAUCAUGCAGUUUGGCUGUUUUGUCCAGCUGGAAGGACUGAGGAAACGCUGGGAAGGACUGGUCCACAUCUCAGAGCUUCGCCGUGAGGGGCGUGUGGCUAAUGUGGCUGAUGUUGUGAGCAAAGGCCAGAGGGUCAAGGUCAAAGUGUUGUCCUUUACUGGCUCUAAAACCAGCCUCAGCAUGAAGGAUGUGGAUCAAGAGACAGGGGAAGAUUUGAACCCGAACAGACGUCGGAACCUCGUGGGGGAAGCUGAGGAGACAGCCAUGAGAAAUCCAGACAGGCCCACUCACCUCUCCUUGGUCAGCGCUCCUGAAGUGGAGGACGAUACGCUAGAACGAAAGCGACUCACUCGGAUCUCGGACCCUGAGAAAUGGGAAAUCAAGCAGAUGAUUGCUGCCAAUGUGCUGUCCAAGGAGGAGUUCCCCGAUUUUGAUGAAGAAACAGGGAUCCUGCCAAAGGUGGAUGAUGAGGAAGAUGAAGACCUGGAAAUUGAAUUGGUAGAAGAGGAGCCUCCAUUCCUGCGGGGUCAUACAAAGCAGAGCAUGGACAUGAGCCCCAUCAAGAUAGUCAAGAAUCCAGAUGGCUCCCUGUCUCAAGCAGCCAUGAUGCAGAGUGCGUUAGCUAAGGAGAGGAGAGAACUGAAGCAAGCUCAGCGAGAAGCAGAGAUGGAUUCUAUCCCCAUGGGACUCAACAAGCACUGGGUGGAUCCCCUUCCAGAUGUGGAUGGCAGGCAAAUUGCUGCCAACAUGCGAGGUAUUGGCAUGAUGCCCAAUGACAUCCCUGAGUGGAAGAAGCAUGCUUUUGGAGGCAAUAAAGCCUCGUAUGGCAAAAAGACUCAACUAUCAAUUAUUGAGCAGCGGGAAAGUCUUCCUAUUUUUCGACUAAAGGAUCAACUCAUUCAGGCAGUCCAUGAUAACCAGAUUCUGAUAGUCAUUGGAGAGACUGGUUCUGGCAAAACUACACAGAUCACCCAGUACCUUGCUGAAGCUGGCUACACCUCCCGAGGAAAGAUUGGCUGCACGCAGCCUCGCCGAGUAGCUGCCAUGUCUGUUGCCAAGAGGGUAUCAGAGGAGUUCGGUUGCUGUUUGGGUCAGGAGGUUGGCUACACCAUUCGGUUUGAGGACUGCACCAGCCCGGAGACGGUGAUCAAGUACAUGACAGAUGGGAUGCUGCUGCGAGAGUGCCUGAUUGACCCAGACUUGACACAAUAUGCCAUCAUCAUGUUGGAUGAAGCCCAUGAGCGUACCAUACACACUGAUGUGCUCUUUGGUCUCCUGAAAAAGACAGUUCAGAAGAGACAGGACAUGAAACUGAUCGUCACAUCAGCCACCCUGGAUGCAGUCAAGUUCUCUCAGUACUUCUACGAGGCCCCCAUUUUCACUAUCCCAGGCAGGACAUACCCAGUAGAGAUACUGUACACUAAGGAGCCAGAGACAGACUACUUGGAUGCCAGCCUGAUCACAGUCAUGCAGAUCCACUUGACAGAGCCACCAGGAGACAUCCUGGUGUUUCUGACUGGCCAGGAAGAGAUCGAUACAGCCUGUGAAAUUCUCUACGAACGGAUGAAAUCCCUGGGCCCUGAUGUGCCAGAGCUGAUAAUCCUGCCUGUUUAUUCAGCACUGCCUAGUGAGAUGCAAACAAGGAUUUUUGAUCCAGCUCCUCCAGGCAGUCGAAAGGUUGUGAUUGCCACAAACAUUGCUGAAACUUCACUUACAAUUGAUGGCAUUUACUAUGUGGUAGACCCUGGCUUUGUGAAGCAGAAAGUAUACAACUCCAAGACAGGGAUUGACCAGCUGGUUGUGACACCAAUUUCCCAGGCCCAAGCAAAGCAGCGAGCAGGAAGAGCAGGAAGAACAGGUCCUGGCAAAUGCUACCGCCUCUACACAGAGCGUGCUUACCGUGACGAGAUGCUGACCACUAACGUGCCUGAGAUUCAGAGGACCAACUUGGCCAGUACUGUGCUAUCUCUGAAAGCUAUGGGGAUCAAUGACCUGCUGUCUUUUGAUUUUAUGGAUGCCCCCCCAAUGGAAACACUGAUCACUGCAAUGGAACAACUGUAUACCUUGGGAGCUCUGGAUGAUGAGGGAUUGCUCACCCGACUGGGGCGCCGGAUGGCAGAGUUCCCUUUGGAGCCCAUGCUGUGCAAGAUGCUCAUCAUGUCAGUUCACUUGGGUUGCAGCGAGGAGAUGCUCACCAUAGUCUCAAUGCUGUCUGUUCAGAAUGUCUUCUACCGACCUAAGGACAAACAAGCUCUUGCUGACCAGAAGAAGGCCAAGUUUCACCAAACAGAAGGUGAUCACCUCACACUUCUGGCUGUUUACAACUCCUGGAAGAACAACAAAUUCUCCAAUCCGUGGUGCUAUGAAAAUUUCAUUCAAGCCCGUUCCUUGCGCCGAGCCCAAGAUAUUCGCAAACAGAUGUUGGGCAUCAUGGAUAGGCACAAGCUGGAUGUGGUGUCAUGUGGGAAAGCAACGGUACGAGUCCAGAAAGCCAUUUGCAGUGGUUUCUUCCGGAAUGCUGCAAAGAAGGACCCCCAGGAGGGCUACCGGACCUUGAUCGAUCAGCAGGUGGUGUACAUUCACCCUUCAAGUGCCCUCUUCAACCGUCAGCCUGAAUGGGUGGUCUAUCAUGAGUUAGUGCUGACAACCAAGGAGUAUAUGCGGGAAGUCACCACCAUUGAUCCCCGUUGGCUGGUGGAGUUUGCCCCAGCCUUCUUCAAGGUCUCCGACCCCACAAAGCUCAGCAAGCAGAAGAAGCAGCAACGCUUGGAGCCUCUUUACAAUCGCUACGAAGAGCCAAAUGCCUGGAGAAUAUCACGGGCAUUCAGGCGCCGAUGAGAGCCCUUCUUGUACAGAUUUGGACAUCUCUGUGGGCACACUAGGCCAUGAUGUUUGGACACUUACAUCUCAAGACAGUGGACUAGAGGCUGGUGGGAGAGGGUGGAACAGAAUUCUCGAAGGGACAGCUGUCCUGUGAUAGACAUUAUGGCAGGUUAAAGAAUGUCAUUUUAUCUUGGAUCAUAUUUUUCUUUCAGUCCUGUUUCUACAUUGUCCAAGGAGUGAAGGUUUCAGCAUUAUUUGGAACCUGUGUGGUUAUUGAAAGGCCUUGUAGAAUUUCACCUUGAAUACUGGCAAAAGUGGAAAUCAGAAGGAACGCCAGACACUCUCCUUGUCAUCCCUUUGCUCCGGAACAUCUGCAUUUUGCUUCACAGCAACCCAGCAGCAGUCCAGUUGAAUGGCUUUACUCUUGGAAGAAGGAAAAAUGCCCAGACUCUCAGUCAUGCUUCAGUGCAGUCUGUCCAGGUGCCCUGCAAUGUCAUUGUCUGCUACUUCUCUGAGCCCAAACAGUCCACUGAGGCUUUGGGUAUAAUGUAUAGUAACUUUUAACAAAAAUGUUCACAGAUAUCAGAUCUGCUCUCAUUAAAGCAGCAUACUUGUAUUUGAUUG